ACAGUUUUAUACAUUUCUUGACUUUUGACCCUAUAAACAAUUGAACAUGAAAUAGAAACAGGCGGCGUCGAUGAUGAGGAUUUAGGAGGCGAAAACGAAUCUUGAUUGGUUACUUUCCAAUUAAAAAAUACUCAGUCGGAUGAAUUUAAGAUGGAUUCAUGAACUUUGAAUACAACUCAUCGAUUCAACUUCUCUGAAUUUUCGGAUUCGGUUUCUUUCUUACUACAAACAAUGGGAAUCCCAUCGGAAUUGAGGGAUUCGUGGGUGCACAGAAGGAAUUCUUUUGUAAUUCCCUCGCCGGCUGAAGAUCGGAAAAUCGCGAACGCCAAGCGAUGUACUCAAGAAGGCGUUCGUGCUGGUUUCAAGAAUGCUUCUAUUGCAUGUGUUGCCAGUGCAGUACCUACGUUGGUUGCUGUUCGAGUAGUUCCUUGGGCCAAAGCAAACCUUAAUUAUACUGCUCAGGCACUCAUCAUUUCCGCAGCAUCAAUAGCUGCCUACUUCAUCACUGCUGAUAAAACCAUCUUAGAAUGUGCAAGAAGAAACUCUCAGUUAGAGGAUGCCUUGAGACGCCAAGGAUCAUAAAUGUACUUUUGAGUGCCUUGUGCUGGAGGCUGGAGCAAUCUGACCUGUUGUUGUUGUAUGAUGGAAGAAAUGGCUCCAAAGCCUUGGAUUUGGCAGGCUUGAUGUAAAACAAAAAAAACAAAAUAAAAUGUCAACUUUUAUCACUUUCUAGUGCUUAAUCCAUCCCUUUGUUUGGGAUUUUGGAGUGCAAGUAGGGUUUAUGCCGCCAUUUACUCUGUUUCCCUUUCAUUCUUCUUGAAUAUUAUUUGCUUGAUAUGAAAUAUCAUUUCAAGUUUCCAGGCUAAA